AUGUCUGGAGGACUAGGCAAAAAGGUCUGCGUGAUUGGCGCCGGAGGCCUUGGCCUGGCCGCUUUGAAGAACCUCGUGGAGACAGGUUUCGAUGUGACCGUCUUUGAGCGUGCAAGCUAUAUCGGCGGGCUUUGGCAUGUAACCACAGAUCCGGAUCAAACAUCUGUCCUUCCGCAGACCAGAGCCGUCCUUACCAAAUAUUCGGUUGCAUACACCGAUUUUCCAAUGAGCGAGGAGUCCGAUAGGUUCCCAACCGCAGCUCAAAUGUGCGAAUAUGUCGAGGCAUAUGCAAAACACUUCGACCUCCACCGGCACAUCCGUCUGAACACCACGGUGGUCAGGGUCCUGAGAGAUGAGGCCGACAACAAAUGGCUCAUUGAGGUACGGGCGACGGAUUCACACGGCACCCAAACUCAGACACAUGUUUUCGACAGACUCGUUUUCGCUACGGGAAUUCAUUUGAAGUUGAACUGGCCCAAUAUCAAAGGUCGGCAGAGAUUUGCGGGCGAUAUCAUCCAUGGCCUACGGAUGAAGGAGCCGUCCAAGUACAGGGGCAAAAGAGUCUUGAUCAUCGGCCUGGCCCUCACCGGAGCCGAUUGUGCUCGCCACCUAGCGCGUGAAGGCGCAGAGCAAGUAUACUGCAGCCAUCGCCGGCAGGUCCUCCUUACAGAAGGAACCGUCGCUGACGUGUAUGUCAAGAUUCCACGUGUGGUAGAAGGCAAGCCGCUAGCCCAACCUAUGCGCAGUAAAUUAUUUACUGGGCGCAUGGAGGCGUUGGCCCCCGCCAUUGCACGAAUUAUGGCGAAGAGAUUCCUGCUAUCAAUUCAAGAGAAGUCAUAUCCGGAGAUGAGACACCACCCAAUACUGAACCGGUCCACCCGAAAGGACGUCCACAUCGAUUCUCGCAUUCCGGUCUAUGCCGAUAACCUCGUUCCACUCCUUAAAACGGGCCAGGUGAAAUCCGUACAGGCGGUUGACGAAGUCAUCGGUCCGCACUCUGUCAGACUCGUAGAUGGUACCGUACUGGACAACAUCGACGCGAUUGUAUGCGCAACUGGGGCGACGACUGAUGCAUCGGCGCUUCUCCCACCUCAAUGCGACCCUGCAAACCCCGACCUGGCCCCAGAUGGAUUUGCUCUAAUCCCCGAGACAUAUAGAAAACAGAGACCCGUGCUAAGACUCUAUCAAAAUUGGCUGUCGCUCCAACAUCCGCAUUCGCUCGCCAUUUUGGGCUACGCUGUGCGACUUCAGGGAUCGUUCCCACUUGUAGACGUCGUGACCAGCGCGAUGGCACAGCUUUGGAGCGGCGGAUAUCCAAUGCCGUCGCAGGCGGAGAUGGAGCGAAACGUCCAAGCGCACUAUCGCCAUAUAGCCGAGCUACUAAAAUACGGCGAUGUAAUGUUCCCAGGGCGUAUUUCCGGGCUGGAAUGGGAUCACUGGCACGACAAAGUCGCCGGUGCCGGUAUUUAUGAUCGGCUGGGUAACUGGCGGAGUUUAAAGUCGUGGAAACUGUGGUGGAACGAUCCUGAGCUGUACAAGUUGCUUAUGGACGGCACGUCGUCGCCACACCUGUUUCGCUUGUUUGACACUGGCAGGGGAAGGAAACCGUGGGAUGGCGCGCGGGCUGCGAUCGAAAAGGCUAAUAAAUCCGAGGAAGAGACGAUAGAAAAAUGGAAGCGCCAACAGGCAGGGGAGGAGAAGCAUUAG